CACCUUCGGUGUCAUUGGAGGAGGCUUUUUCCAAGGAGCUCAUAAAUACGGGGGAGGCCGGGCAGGAGGCUGGGACUGCGCGGGGACCCCGCGGGCAGAGCCUGUCGGGGGGGGCCGGGCCAUGGCUGCGAUGCUCGGAACCUUCCCCUGGCCGGAGCGGCUGGAGGGGGACGCGGCUGAGGGGGUCCCGCCGGGGCCGCCCCCACGGUGUCCGCCGGGAGAGAAGGGCGCCGAGAGCCGCAUCCGCCGGCCCAUGAACGCUUUCAUGGUGUGGGCAAAGGACGAGAGGAAGCGUCUGGCCGUGCAGAACCCGGACCUGCACAACGCGGAGCUCAGCAAGAUGCUCGGCAAGUCCUGGAAGGCUCUGAGCCUCUCGCAGAAGCGUCCCUACGUGGAGGAGGCUGAGCGGCUGCGGGUGAAGCACAUGCAAGAUUACCCCAACUACAAAUACCGGCCCCGGCGGAAGAAGCAGGUCAAGCGCAUCUGCAAACGGGUGGACCCCGGGUUUUUGCUGGGCAGCCUGACACGGGACCAAAACGUGGUGCCAGAGAAGCGGACCUGCGGCCGGCCCGGGGGGGAUAAAGAGGGGCCGGGUGAGUACCCCCCUCGCCCAGGCCUGCCAUCCGUCCGGGGGUACCGGGAGGCCCCAGGCAGCGGCAGCAGCACCAGUGUGGACACCUACCCCUACGGGCUGCCCACCCCCCCGGAGAUGUCUCCGCUGGAUGCCAUAGACCAUGAGCAGAGUUUCUUCUCCUCACCCUGCCCCGACGAGCAUCACCACUCCCACCUCGCUGGAGCCACCUACUCCCCGGAGUAUACAGGCAGCUCCCUCCCAUGCAACCACCACCCUCUCAGCCCCGUACCGCAGCCGGCAGCCUGCAUGAUCCCCCCAGCCUCCAGCUGCCCUUCCCUUCCUCCUCCUCCCAGCUACUACACACCUGCCUUCCCCUCCCUGCAUCCCCCUACCCUCCAUGCCCACCUGGGCCAGCUCUCCCCACCACCCGACCACCAUGGCUUUGACACCUUGGACCAGCUAAGCCAAGCUGAGCUCCUGGGAGAGAUGGACCGCAAUGAGUUUGACCAGUAUCUCAACAACCCUGGCCAUGGUGACCACCACAGUGGGGUCUUGGUCAAUGGACACAUCCCGACGUCUGGCAGCUCCCAUGCCUCUGAGAACAGCCUCAUCUCCGUCCUUGCCGAUGCCACGGCCACCUACUACAAUAACUACAGCGUCUCUUAGAGCCUCAGCCAGGGCCGCCUGGACCGGCCGAGGAAGGACCCGACACAGUAUUAUGAGGCGUUGUGCCCAGGGACAUCACUCACCGCCCCUCAGGGUGACCAAGCCCAAAGUGCGAGGGCUGUGGAGUCUCCUCGGUGGUGUAGGUAAAGGAUUUCGGUCGCCGUUUCACCACUGGUGCAAAGUCUCGGGUGUCCUGCUCCAAAUGAUGCUGGGGGGAUUUCCCAAUGCCAAAGCCCAUUGGCCAAGUCCCUCUUCCAAAACAGAGAUGCUCCUAGGAGCAUAGGAAGGCUGCCCCCCAGUUUGGGGCACCCCCAGCUCUGCUUUGGAGUCAGGAGGGUGGCAGCAUUACACAGAUGGCAGGUCUGAAGUCCUGGCAAGGGCAUAACCCCCUGGAAGGGGAAAUGGCAUGGGAGGAAAAGGGGAGAUUCUGGUGAAAGGGUGCACGGCCUGCAAGCCAGUCUUGGCUCACGGUGUCGGCAUUGCCACAGCUGCCCUGACCUGCCUGACCAUGCUGUUGGGGCUUAAACCACCCCCUGUCCUCAUACCCCCAGACUGUGAGUUGGCAGCUCCAUCCCUUGGGAAACCCCAGAGGAGAUGGUACACCAGGGAUGCUGCGAUUGCACAGGGGCUGCAGGAGGGCAACCAGCCACAAGGGCACUCAGUCUGAGCAUUCCAGAGGUGGGUAAGAUCCUUGGAAAGGCAGGAUCCUGCUGGCAUCUUUCCCCUCCAUGGCAUCCACUUGGCCUCCUAGCAAAAGCGCUGCCAAAGGGGGUGCAAGCGUGAGCUGCCCUCCCCACCCGGCCGGGAAUGGGUCCUGGGAUGAGCAUUUUGGCAAAGAAGUGAUGAUGUAGCACACAUAGUUUUUAUCAAACAUCCUUCGAAAGCGAAUGCUUCACGUUUGGAGCCGCAGUGCCCAAUGCCUCUUCUAACUCUGGCGUAUUAUUGCUUGUAAUAAAGCUGUACAUUGAUUUAUUCCUUCCAUUAUUCCUCCCCUCGGAUUUUGUAUUGCUCGAGUUCUCUUCCUUUUCAUAAAGAUGAAGCUUUAUUUUAAAUCAGUUAUAUGACAUGAUUAAUCUUAGUGUUUACUGUAUGGCACUUGGUAAUGAUUAGUUAGUAGCGUGGCUAUGAUUUUCUGGUUUCGGUCCCAAACAUGUAUUAAUAAUAAUUGCAAAUAAUACUUUAAAGCCCCCCCGACUUCACAGGUUUUUAAGCUAAUACAUUCCAUCUUUUUUUUUUGUGUGACUCUAUGCAUUUUGAAUGAGUGUAGAUACGAGUUUGCAUAAAAUAUUUAAUUUAAAUAGAUAUGUUUUUAUACGAUGAUUGUUUUACGAUUGGAAUUGCUGGAGCUAUUGACAAAGUUUUCAAACCAGAAACGUUUCCUGUGCAAGUGCUAUUUUUUUAAAUUGUUUUUUUGUUGGUAUUUGCAGCCAAACUUUUCUACUUCCUUUUUUUUUUUUUUAAUAAAAAAGAUCUGUGGUUAUCUUUACAAA